AUGUCGAAUUUUACAUCAACAAUGUCUUCACUCGAUACAAGUGUUUAUCGAUUUGUACCAUAUAGAUUUUUUAUCAAUGAAUCACAUUUUAAUACAUGUAAAUUGGAAAAAUUAACUAAUUUAUUUCCUGAAAUGAAACCACAUAUUGAAUUAGAAUUGUUCAAAAUUAAUAAUUUAUCACGUAUGGUAGAUCGUCUUUCGAAUGUUUAUAAUGUUUUAUCCGUUGUUGAUAAUCGUGAUGAUACUCUUCAUCUUUUUCUUGGUCCUUAUCAUCUUUCACUUGGACCAGCAAUAUUUGGAGCACUUCAUUUUAAAAAUGUUUCGACAGCAUUACUUGCUUCAUCACAUGCAAAAUUAAAAACUGAUAGUACUCAUCACAGUCAUAAACGUAGACGUGAUGCUGUACUUCGUCGUUUUCGUCGUACCGUACGAAAAGUCAUUUUUAUUAAAUCAAUUAUCAAUCAAGUUCGACUGGCAUCCAUUCUUACGCCAUAUAAUCAAUAUGAAUUAUAUAGACAAGGUAUAUAUGACCUGGUAUUAGCAGGACAUAUGCAUGAUACAAACGAAGCACUUUAUGAUGAAGAGUUUAUUGAACAAAUAAAUAAUAUCCAUUUAAUGGAUGCUUCAGAGAAAGAAAAUUCUUUACUUGCAUCUAAAUUUAUAAAAAUUAAUAGUUUACUCCAUUUACUUUCUCCACCCGUGUCUCAACAACAAACAGAUAACAACUCAACGAUAGGAAAUAUAACACAACCUCCACCAGACAAUGCAAUAGCUUAUACAACUGAUGAAAAUUCUUCAAAACCUUUCAUUAGUUCGACAACUCUCUGUUGUCCACAACAUACUAACAAUCAAAAUACUCUCAUGUUUCCUAUUAGUCGAACAACUACUUAUCAGCCUAAUCUGUUUUUGCCACGUGAAUCUCAUUCAAAAGUUAGUAGUAGACAAAAUUCACGGAAAGGUUCAGUGGCUUGUUUAAAACGAAGUGCGACAGUUAGUCUUUCUGAUUUAACGUCUGAUUCAAAGCUCUCAUCGGACCCUACUGUUCUCGAAUCCAACACAUCGAAAAGUAUUCCAUCUUCUCAAAAGACUACUACUGAUGAAGAAGAUGCAUUCGUUAACAAUAUUUCGUCUCUUUUAAUAAAUUACUUAUCAUCUCAACAAUCAACAUCAAUGCCAUUUGAUACCGAUGACAAUCACAAGACAUUGGUCGAUAAUAAAGUUUCUUCUACGCUUACAACUAUAUCAGUAACAUCAAACGAGUCUGACUUGUCUCAUCAAUUGUCAUCAACAGUGAAGACUAAUGACUUUGAUGAGCUAUUACAACGCAUCAAAAUAACUGUAGAUAAUUCUCUAUCUAAGAAAAGUCAAAAUAAUAAUCACAUGGUUCAAGUAAAUAAUCAUCAUCAAAAAUUAUCCUAUCAUUAUACGAAAACGACAAAACAACAUCGUCGUCAACGAUUAUUUGCAUCACGUACUGCUUCAUGUGAAGAACCAUCUACAGAUAAUUUCAAUAUUGAAACUUUGGAUUCAUCGAACAAUCAAUAUAAAUUAGAUCUAUUAUUAAAAUUACAAUCGUUUGGUAAAACUGAUUUGGGUAAGAUUAUUCUUUAUGAUAACAGUAUUUAUAAGUUCAUACUAACAUUUACAAAUUAUCAAGCUUGUUAUUGCAUGAUUUAA